CACAACCCUGCAUUGCGAUGCUGUUCUGCCGCUCCGUCUCCCCAUACACUCAGUGACGCUGUCAUCAUGGAGGAAGAACAGUUACCUGCUACGGAGUGAAGACGACAACCACACAAACGCGAGGCCACCACCGGCGGCAAUCUAUUGCGUCUUUUAAGGCUCCUCUCAUUUCUUCUUUCCUGAAUACAUCGGCCAUUGCCCGUGUGUCAUUUCCAAAGAAACGAUAAGGAACUCGGCAAAACCAUAAAAAUGAAACAUUUUUUGAGGGUGGUGACACAGUUCUUUGUGUUCCUGUACUGUAAAUGUCUGUGGCGAGGCCUGAAGUUUGUGAUCAGGAAGGUCACGGGGAGGUGCGAACUGCAACGGAUAUGCCACAGCAACAAGCCAGGGGCACGAAGGACCCUUAAGAUCGAGUCUUCCCUCAGGUACUCAAAGAAUGAGCUGUGCCAGUCUGCCCUCAGUGCUCACCCAGACCGAGUGGAGAAGACCAUCGAUGACAUCAUGACCCUGAAGAAGGUCAACCCUGACACUAACCCACAGCUAGGCAUCUCCCUCCAGGCCAGUCUGUUCCAGAUCGUCGGCUACCGUAGCCUGGUGGCGGAGGUGGAGAAGCUACGCAGGGAGCCGUACGACUGUGAGAACCCCGACCAUGAGGAGAUGCUGAUGAAGCUGUGGAAGACACUGCGUCCUGAUUCACCACUCACUGGGCGGAUCUCCAAGCAGUGGUGUGAGAUCGGUUUCCAAGGCAAUGACCCCAAGACUGACUUCAGGGGCAUGGGUCUACUGGGCCUACACAAUCUUCUAUAUUUUGCUGAGCAUGACAAGGCCACCGCUCUCCAGGUGCUUCAUGACUCCUUGCAGCCGAAACACAGGAGCAUUCCCAAAGAGGCAAGCAAAAUGAGCAAAGCAGAAUGGGAACAGAAGAACUUUGAUAAAGCAAUUGGAUACUCCUUUGCCAUCGUGGGCAUCAACAUCACGGAUCUGGCCUACUCUCUGCUGGUGAGCGGAGCCCUGAAGACCCACCUGUACAACGUAGCCCCGGAGAUGCCCAGCCUCAGCCACUUCCAGCAGACCUUCUGUUACCUAAUGCAGGAGUUCCAUCGGUUCUGGAUCGAGGAGGACCCCUGUGACAUCAUGGAGUUCAACCGUGUGCGUUCCAAGUUCCACCGGCGGGUGCUGCGGCAGCUCAAGAACCCCGACAUGGCGCUGUGCCCCCACUUCGCCGCCUCCGAUCUCCACCUGGUCAACCUGUAAAUACACUCCCCCUGACUUCUAACCCUUGACCCUAUACCUCUAACUUCCUCAACCCCCCCCCCCUUUGUCCUCCCAGCUACAUCACGUCACUGCCAACCGCUCACCCCGCCAGCGCUCACACACAUGCUCACACACACCCUCCCCUCCACGCCCUGCCUCUAACCCCCACAGCGACUUCAGAACCACCAGCACCACUAGAUGACCAUGGCGAUUGUAGGGGUGCAUGAUGAGGCUGCACCACAUAGUCAUUCACUGACUCAUUGUUAUUCCUUGCUUUAAUGAUUUGUGAUUGUACAACAGCCAUCCAUUGCUGGUUAUGUAUUGCUAUUAUUAUGCAUUUUUAAAGAAAUAGUUUACCCAAAUUACAAAAUGAAUAUGCACUUUGGGUGAACUAUCCCUUUAAUUGAAUCAUCAUAGAACAAGUGCUUUGUUUUCUCCAGUCCGUUAGCCCCUUGAAUACAUCUCAUUGUGAUGAAUGUUCGGCUGUGACACCAAAAAUAUUUGAGUCUAUUUAAGGAGACAGUGCUUCCUCUUUACCAUUAGACAGGGCAAUAACAGUAGGCCUAAGCUGUGCUGUCAGACUGUCAGAAGUCACAAACUGAAAAGGCUUCAUAAGCUUCCUAUGCUUAUGUAGGGAAUUGUACAAGAGCUAUGUACUUAUUCUAUAUUUGGCUCUGUAGUGUAGUGUAAUGUACUGCACUGUACUGUAUAAGGAAGUCAGAGUUACUAUCUAAUCCUAUGUUGCCUGCCUUAUUUAAGUGGGGAAGCAGCAAGGCUUUGUGUUACAAUGUGCAGCCAGAAAAUUCUAUCGGUUAAGGAGGGGUAUAUGAAGGAAAUGAAAGUAGGCUACUAAAAGAAGAUUGCUUAAUGAUACAUGAGCUGGAAAAACAAGGCCUAUGCACUAUAUAGGACUGGAUUCAUUUACAGUCAAAACCAAUGAAGAGAGAUAGCAGACAUUCAUUCAUCCAAUUAAAUCACUCGCAGCCAUCAUCUCAGCAAGGCCGUUUCUUUUCUAAAUCAUUUGUCCAAUAUUUAUCAAUUGUAUUUAAUCACAUUUGAGGUCAAAUGCAUGAUACGAACACUUCACAAGAGCAUAAUUCUCAUUGACAAAGUAGAUUAAUGUGGACAAUUCACAUGAAUCAGAAUAGCAGUUUGAAGAAAUUGUCAUUUAUUUUAUGAAUGUUAUUCAGCUAUGUCCAUGAUUGUUUGAUUUGUAAAUCUUUAUUCAACUAUG